UAGAUUUUUUUAUUUUUUAUUUUCUUCGCUUUGAAAGGCUGGACGCAGACAUGCGCUGGAAAAGUGAGGUAAAAGUAGAGUGUCGCAUUGGUAAGGAGAAUGAAAACGGAUCUCUGGUGUCCAACGACGAGGUGAGUGAAGGGCGGGCGUGUAGCUUGUACACUCGCGAUCAGCAGGUUGAGCCGUGAGUCAGUAUCAGAGAUUAAAUAUUAGUCGAAAUUGCUUUGCCAAUUAAAUCAGAGUGGGCUUCGGUCUGUCAUUAAAGCCGGCCUUCCACACGCUGCGGCUCAGUAUUUUUACAAUUUGAAGAAAUGUCAAAGAAAAUUAGCCCUCCCUGAAUUCUGCAAUUAAAACUCAAGUAGUUAAUGAGACCUCUUCACCUUUUGGUUGCCCGGGUAGACGUUUGUGGCGAACUUAGCCUUUUUAAUUGCUGUUAUUAAAUAAAUCAAUCCCCCUUUUCCUUCAGACCUCGCGCUGCUUUUCUGAUUGACGCGUGAAAUUGGCGUGUUGGUUGGUUUAACCGCAGCUCGCGCACGCGCGCCCGCGAGCAGCGGCUGAAUCACAAAUUCAGAGCUCAAGAACAUAAUGGACACGGGAUGAGUAUUAGUUCAAGUGUUGUCUGUUUUUCUUCUCGUCAUGUGUGAAGAUUGCAAAGGAGACGAAGAGCUGCUGGGCAAAUGCACUGAAGACAGGAGAGACAUAAUGGGCGCACCGGUGGAAGUUUUGGAUGAAGAAGCGUCGUCCCUGCAGGCGAUGUCCUCUGCGCCUCUGCUGGGCAGAACUGUGUGUGCGAGCUGCAACGAGGAAAUAGUUGAUAAAUAUCUAUUAAAGGUUAACGACUUGUGCUGGCAUGUGCGCUGUCUCUCCUGCAGCGUGUGUCAGACUUCACUUGGCAGCCACACAAGUUGCUACAUCAAAGAAAAAGAGGUUUUCUGCAAACUGGAUUACUUUCGGAGAUACGGCACUUGGUGCGCGUGCUGCGGACGGAACAUCCACUCCACAGACUGGGUCCGCCGGGCGAAGGGCAACGUCUAUCAUCUGGCCUGCUUCGCCUGCUUCUCCUGCAAGAGGCAGCUGUCCACCGGGGAGGAGUUCGCCCUGGUGGAGGGAAAAGUGCUUUGCAGGGUUCACUACGACUGCAUGUUGGACAACCUCAAGCGGGCGGUGGAAAAAGGAAACAGCGUUAACAUGGAAGGAGCUGUGCCCACCGAACAGGAGAUCAACCAGCCCAAACCCUCCAAGAGAGCUCGGACCAGCUUCACUGCUGACCAGCUGCAGGUGAUGCAGGCUCAGUUUGCUCAGGACAACAACCCAGACGCCCAAACACUGCAGAAACUAGCAGAGCAGACAGGCCUCAGUCGAAGAGUCAUUCAGGUCUGGUUCCAGAACUGUCGAGCACGCCACAAGAAGCACGUGAGCCCCAACCACACCUCCAGCACCCCCAUGACCUCACUGCAGCCCAGCCACCUGUCCCAGCCCACCCCGACCCCUGAGGAGCUCCAAUACACCGCCUACGGAGGUCCAGAGGGGUCGAUGCUCUCAGCACUACACUCCUUCAUAGACAUACACUCGCCUCCAUCCUUGUUUCAACCGCUGCUGCCAGCCCACGCCAUGACCUCGCUGCCUGUGUCUAACGCCUGAGCUGCCCUCUCUCUCUUACACUCACACACACCUUACCAGUGUUUUUCCAUUAUUAGCAGCAGUAUUCUGCUACGUGUGGUAAAUAUAAUUUAAAGUUUUUGUGAACCAUAAAAUCUGCCCGUAAUAUUGUUUGUUAAGCAAAUUCUGGAUCACUAUCAUUUACAGCCCUAAAUGUACUGAUGUAUGAUGGAAAUGGCAACGCUUCGGUGCACGGCACACACGACAUUAUAUAUUUAUAUUUGUUUGUUGUCUGUUUGUUGGUGACAAAGUCUGAUUGUGCUACUCUUAGUGAAAGCCACCAGCCCCACAAAAGUCCACUCCACAUGAAGAUGAACUGAAUAGCAGUGUUGCAAUUUAAUUUAUUGUAUGUGUCGUCUCUUUUGAGAAUAAAUGUCUAAUUUCACAAACCUGGGAGAGGAGUCUUUGUAAGCUUUUACACACGAGAGCUGAGGCCGUGCUGCGUUCAAGUCUCGGCAGAUUUAGAAAUUAGGAAAUAGAAAAAAACAAUUUAUUGAUGAAAGCAAACAUUAUUAAAAUACAACUAUAUCUGUAUGUCAAAUGAUGAACUUACACACAGGCAACAUGUGUUGAUAACACAAAAACACCUGAAACUUUUAAUUGCAUACAUGGAAGAAAGAAAUGAGCGAAUAUAGAUAAAACUGAAGUGUUGCUCGUCUGUUUACGACAGGUUAGAGCACUGCAUCUUCAGAGUUUGACUUUUAAGAGCUUGUGGUUAGAAAACUGUCUCGCAUUAUACCAAGAGAGACGUUUAACUUGUGUCUACUUGCUGACUGUGGUUGACCAAAAGAAUCCAAUUUCCAGACACAGGAGGGAGGAGAAGGCAUAUAAAAACACUUCUUUUACUUGACUUAUCAGAUCUUACGAAGUCACACUACCUGGAGUGAAACUGAACCUGAGUUACAAACGCAAAAAGAUAUCGAACUCCGACAGUAGUUAUUUUGUGUGGAGAAAAGAAAGAAGAAGAAAAAGAAAAAGACAGAAAAAAAAACAACCUGCUGCAUGCGUAAUAAGCCCCACUGUGCUCUACAUGCAUCAUUUCUCUUCUUUCUUUCAGAUACACAAGGAGUUGUUUUUCUUUUUGCCUUUUUUUUUGAAUGUUACAUGUCCCAGCGUGCUCAGCUCCAACAGGGGCGGGAGGUGUGUGAGGCAGUCUGGCAGUGUUGUCACUCA